UCCACAAGAGAACAGCACAAUACAUAAUAUGUACCAAGAGAAUUUUAAUAUAUUUGGAAAAUACAUACAACUAGAAUACUACCUUACCUUGCAACACUGGCCUUUCGAUACAUAACCUACAAAUGUCGUGCAUGCGAUUUUAUAAACACGAGAGAUCAAAGGAAAGUUAAAUAUAAUAAAAAGAAAAUGGGAAAGAAAACAAAAGUAGGAAAACAACGUAAAGAUAAAUAUUAUCAACUUGCAAAGGAGACAGGAUAUCGCUCAAGAGCUGCAUUCAAAUUAAUCCAAUUGAACAGAAAGUUUGGGUUUUUACAAAAAUCAAGAGUAUGUAUCGACUUGUGCGCUGCGCCUGGUGGGUGGAUGCAGGUGGCGCACCAGAACAUGCCCGUAUCAAGUAUUGUGAUAGGGGUAGACUUGUUCCCAAUCAAGACUGUACCUGGAUGUAUUGGACUCACUGAAGAUAUCACAACUGAGAAGUGUAAAACUGCUAUAAAGAAGGAAAUUAAAACAUGGAAAGCAGAUGUGGUACUUCAUGAUGGUGCUCCAAAUGUUGGUCUAAACUGGCUGCAUGAUGCCUAUCAACAAGCAUGUCUCACCCUCAGUGCAUUGAAACUUGCUACACAUUUUUUGAGGGAAGGUGGAUGGUUUGUUACAAAAGUAUUUAGAUCAAAAGAUUAUCAUGCACUGUUGUGGGUGUUAAAACAAUUAUUUAAAAAAGUACAUGCAACAAAGCCACAAGCUUCCCGUAAUGAGUCUUCAGAAAUAUUUGUUGUGUGCCAAGGGUACAUUGCACCAGACACAAUUGACCCAAAGUUUUUGGAUCCUAAACAUGUGUUUGAGGAUUUAGAUAUAGUGAAGAAGCAACACACUAAUGUUUUACAUCCUGAGAAGCAAAAGAAAGCUAAAGCUGAAGGAUACAAAGAGAAUGAUUAUACAACUCACCACAUAGUAAAAGUCUCACAAUUCUUAAGCUGUGAUGAUCCUAUAGAUUUACUACAAGGGUGUUCUGAGAUUAUGAUAGAUGAUAAAGAUAUUGAAGUUCAUCCUAAAACCACACAAGAGAUCAGAGAAUGUUGCAAAGAUAUCAAGGUGCUUGGCAGAAAAGACUUGAAAUUGUUAUUGAAUUGGUUAAAGCAAAUGAAAGACUUGAAAAUAAAACAGGAGCCUCAACCUGAUAGCAAACCUGAAGAUAGUAAUAAAGAUGACAAAGAAGAAACUGCUGAAGAUGAGAAUAAUGAAGAAGGUGAUGUAGAUGCUCAGAUAGCAGAACUUCAGGAUGAAGAGAGAAAGCAAUCAAAACGAAAAAGAAAACAACUGAAUAAACAAAGGCAAAAACUAGCUGAGAAAAUGAAUCUGAAAAUGGUUCUCAAGGGUGAUGAUGGGCCCAUUAUGGAGAAUCAUGAUAUGUUUAAGUUAUCCGACAUAAAAAAUGCAGAGGAAAUAUCACGCAUCAUUGACCAACAACCGGACAUAACAGCUGAGGGCAGUGAUGACUCUGAUGAUGAGUUUAAAAUGAAAAAAAAAUAUGUCAAGUAUGAUGUAGAAGCAUCGAAAUUAGACUCCUCAGGUCUUUAUUAUAAAGAUUCUGAUAGUGAAUUAGAGAUGGAAUCAGAUUCCGAGCCUGAGGAACAUAAGGAGUCUUUGGCUUUCUCAGAUUCUGAAAAUGAGUCGAAAAAAGUGGAUAAGCUGACUAAACUGAACACACUUAGAAACAGUCAAAGCAAAUUGAAAAAUAAUACUCCAAAAAUUCCGAAGAAUAAUCCUUUGUUGACGGAUUUGGACAACACAGAUCCAGUGUCUAAACGGUCCAUGAAAGCUGAGUUGUGGUUCCAAAAGGAUUCCUUCAAAGACUUAGACGAGGACGACGAUGAAGGCGUCGACUUGGAUAAAUUAGCCGAAAGUUAUAAAGAAAAAGGUAAAGAAGUUGUUGGCGACACUAUUGCCACAACAAGGGAAGAUGGAAAAAGUGGUGGAGUUAAAAGGAAGAUAUCUGAUGCUGAGAGUUCAGAUGAUGAUUCAUCUGACAGUGAUUAUGAUGUUGAGGACAAUGUAGGCACAGCCGCAUCUGGUGCAGGAGCUAAAUCCAACCAGAAAGAUGGGUUUGAGGUAGUACCUCAAGAUCCAGAUUUAAAAAAGUUAAAGAAAUCACUGAAAAUGGAUGCGGAAACUUUAGCCCUCGGAACCAUGAUUGCCACAUCGAAAAAGUUUAAAAGGGAUCUGAUAGAUGACGCAUGGAACAGGUACGCAUUCAACGAUAAAAAUCUGCCAGAUUGGUUUGUGGAAGAUGAACAGAAGCAUAUGGCAAAACCAGUAGUUGUCCCUGAGAAAUACGUUGACGAGUACAAGAACAGAUUGCAAGACAUAAAUGCCAGGCCCAUAAAGAAAGUAAUUGAAGCAAAGGCAAGAAAGAAGAAGCGUAUGAUAAAAAAGAUGGAACGCGCGAAGAAGAAAGUAGAGGCGGUGAUGGAAAAUGCUGACAUGUCGGAACGUGAAAAGGCGCAACAAGUUAAGCAGCUUUACAAGAAGGCCCAAACCGAUGGCAAAAAGAAAGUAACAUAUGUGGUUGCCAAAAAACAUACUAGUGCUAAACGUAUGAAACGGCCACAGGGAGUAAAAGGACGAUACAAGGUUGUAGAUCCUCGAAUGAAAAAGGACUUACGCGCACAAAAGGCAAAGGAGAAGACUAAAGGUCGUGGUAAAAAAAGUAAAGCAACACCUAAAAACAAAACACCAGCUAAAAAGAAAGGAAAGGCUAAAUAAAUUAAUUUUAUGAUCUUAAUACUUAAUGUAACAUAUACAACAAAAUAUAGUAAGCGGGAAUAAAAGUGUACAAUUAAUA